AGCUCCGCCGAGAGCCGUACUGGCCGCUGGCUGAGCUGUGGGCUUCUCCUCAGUGCGGCUGUAACGAUGGAGAUGCUGCACUCUCCUCAGUCAGCUAGCAGCCCGCAGCCGGUCAUGUAGUCAGACAACAAACAAAAACACUCUUUUCGCGGGGAGCUGCUUCCUCCUAGCUCAGAAUUCAAACCGAUAUCUUUAAGAAAUAAGUCUUAAGCCUCUUAAGAGGCCGUGUUUAGAUAAAACAGUCGCUGUCUUGUUAGCAAAAAGUGAACCGGACUGCUGGCUAACUUAGCUUUAGCUAACAGGUUCGUGGUUAGCCUAGCCGCAACGUCGGGAGAGAAACUCGGCGAAUAAGCCGUAGUUUAAUAACUAAGUAAGUCUGAAUCGGACUCGGACAUGCUGUUUGUGUCGUGAAUCCAACACAGAUGGUUUUCGGGAUUUUGUUCGGUGUUUGAGGACAUUUCUACGCUCCCUGGAGUUCAAGCUAACCAACUUGCAGUGGGUGAUACAGCGUGACCACACAUGGCCUGGACCACAUUUGUCACCAUGGAAACCUCGUCGUGUCCCAGUCCUCCUCACCAGAACGGAGAUGUGCUGCCACUCAAGCUGGCUUCCAGCGCUGCCCUGCAGGUUCACCUCUACUACAAAGGCCAGGGCCAAGGCCAGGGCACCAGCGACUGUCCCCCGCUCACUUAUCCACCGGGAGAUUACGUGGCAGAGGAGCUGUGCAUCAAAGCGGCCAAAGAGUGUGGUGUCAGUCCACUGUACUGCAGCCUGUUUGCCUUGAUGAGGGAGAGUGACCGUAUGUGGUAUCCACCCAAUCACAUCUUCAAAGCAGAUGAGUCCACCAAUGAGAAGCUCCUGUUCAGAAUAAGGUUUUAUUUCCCUGGCUGGUACGGCAGUGGAUUGAGUAAUGCUCAUCGUUAUGGCGUCACUAAGAGCUCUGAGGCUCCUGUCCUGGAUGACAUCACCAUGGCCUACCUGUUUGCCCAGUGGAGGAGCGAUUUUGUGGAUGGUUCUGUGUCUGUUCCGGUCAGUCAUGAUGCUCAGGAGGAGUGUCUGGGGAUGGCCGUGCUGGACAUGAUGCGGAUCGCUAAAGAGAAGGGCCAGUCUCCUGUCGACAUUUACAACGACAACAGCUAUAAGAGUUUUCUCCCUAAAGGAUUGCGAGCUCAUAUCCAGGAUUAUCACUUCGUCACCCGGAAGCGGAUCCGUUACCGUUUCAGGAAGUUUAUUCAGCAGUUCAGUCACUGUAAGGCGACUCUGAGGGAUCUGAAGCUGAAGUAUCUGGCUAGUCUGGAGAAUUUACAGCCUGCGUUUUACACCGAGUGCUUCCAUGUCUCUGAGCCGUCCAUCGGUAAGGUCAGGAUCAUCGUCACCGGAAACCGCGGCAUCCAGUGGACCAAAGAGAAAGACACAGACCUACAGGAUCUGCAAGUAUACUGUGAUUUCCCUGAUGUUAUUGACAUCAGCAUUAAGCAGGCCAGCAAAGAUGGGUCAAUCGAGAGUCGCAUCGUGACCAUAAACAGACAAGACAGCCAGACACUGGAGUUGGAGUUUCACUCUUUGAUGGAGGCUUUGUCCUUCGUGUCUUUGAUUGACGGCUAUUACAGACUAACCACAGAUGCACAUCAUUAUCUGUGUAAAGAGGUGUCACCACCAAGACUGCUGGAGGCCAUUCAGAGCAGCUGCCACGGCCCUGUCUCGAUGGAUUUUGCCAUCAGUCGCCUGCGUCGCUGUGACAAUGCUAAAGGAAUGUACAUCCUGCGCUGCAGUCCAAAGGACUACGACAAGUACUUCUUGUCUUUUGUGGUGGGGUAUGAGGGUGCUUUAGAGUAUAAACACUGUCAGAUCGUGCGCACUCCGGCCGGUGAGUUUGUUCUGAGUGGGGCGAAGUGCACGUUCGGCAGUCUGAGUGAGCUCCUGCACCGUUACCAGAAGGAGGCGCUGCGCUCUGAGGGGCACGUCUUCCAGUUCACCAAGUGCUGCCCACCCAGGAGCAAAGAUAAGUCAAAUCUGUUGAUCUGCCGGAGUAAUCAACGUUCAGAUGUGUCUCUCUCUCCUUCACUCUUCAAACACAACAUCAGUCAGAUGGUUUUCCACAAGAUCCGAAAGGAGGACCUGGAAACUAUGGAGAGUUUAGGCCAUGGGACGUUUACACAGGUCUUCCGUGGCAUCAGGCGUGAGCUGGGGGACUAUGGAGAGAUGCACGAGAUGGAGGUGGUGAUGAAAGUGCUGGACAAGACCCACCGCAACUACACAGAGUCUUUUUUUGAAGCAGCAAGUAUGAUGAGCCAGCUAUCCCAUAAGCACUUGCUGUUGAACUACGGAAUCUGUGUGUGUGCUGAAGAGCACAUUAUGGUGCAGGAGUAUGUGCGUUUUGGUUCGUUGGACACGUACCUGAAGAGAAACCGUGCCUGCAUCAACAUCACCUGGAAACUGGAGGUGGCCAAGCAGCUGGCCUGGGCCAUGCACUACCUGGAGGAUAAGAAUCUGAUUCACGGAAACGUUUGUGCUAAAAACGUUCUGCUGACCAGAGAGGAGGACAGAAAGACUGGAACGCCACCGUUUAUUAAACUGAGUGAUCCUGGCAUCAGCAUUACUGUACAGCCCAGAGAGGUUCUGAUUGAACACAUCCCCUGGGUUCCCCCAGAGUUUGUGGAAGACUGUAGGAAUCUGAGCUUGGACACAGAUAAGUGGGGUUACGGCACCACGCUGUGGGAGAUUUACACCGGAGGAGAGAAACCUCUAAGCUCAUAUGAUUCCUCAAAGAAACUGCUGUUCUAUGAGGACAGGCAUCAGCUACCCUCUCCCAAAUGGACUGAACUGGCCAAUUUGAUCAACAGCUGCAUGGAUUACGAGCCUUCACAGCGGCCGUCCUUCAGAGCCAUCAUCAGAGACUUAAACAGCCUCUUCACACCCGAUUAUGAACUGCUGGUGGAGAACGAUACGGUUCCAGUGCGGAGUCGUGGGUUUGGCUUCGCUGGUGCGUUCGACAGUCAGGAGCCGGUUCACUUUGAAGCGAGACACCUGAUCUUCCUGCAGCAGCUGGGGAAGGGUAACUUUGGCAGUGUGGAGAAAUGCCGUUAUGACCCUCUGCAGGAUAACACAGGUGAGGUUGUGGCGGUGAAGAAACUUCAGCACAGUACGGCGGAGCACCUGCGUGACUUCGAGAGAGAGAUCGAGAUCCUCAAAUCACUGCAGCACGAAAACAUCGUCAAAUACAAAGGAGUGUGCUACACUGCAGGUCGUAAAAACCUGCGGCUGAUAAUGGAGUACCUACCAUUUGGCAGUUUGAGGGAAUAUCUCGCUAAAAACAAGGAGCGGUUUGAUCACAAGAAGCUUCUGCACUACGCCUCACAAAUCUGCAAAGGAAUGGACUACUUGGCCUCCAAGCGCUACGUGCACAGGGAUUUGGCCACGCGGAACAUCCUGGUGGAGAGUGAGUUGAGGGUGAAGAUCGGAGACUUUGGCCUGACGAAGGUUCUGCCUCAGGAUAAGGAUUAUUACACCGUCAGAGAGCCGGGGGAGAGCCCAAUAUUCUGGUACGCUCCUGAGUCCCUGACAGAGAGCAAGUUCUCAGUGGCGUCGGACGUGUGGAGUUUUGGAGUCGUUCUGUACGAGCUUUUCACCUACAGCGAUAAAAACUGCAGCCCACCUGCUGUGUUUAUGGAGAAGAUGGGUAUUGAUAAGCAGGGACAGAUGAUCGUCUAUCACCUGAUAGAUCUGCUCAAACACAACUACAGACUGCCAGCGCCUGAGGGAUGCCCUGCUGAGGUGCACUCUCUGAUGAAGGACUGUUGGGCAGCCGACCCGAGCCAGCGUCCGUCCUUCAAGUCUCUCGGCCGCUCAGUGGACACAAUCAGAGAGAGUAAAGAAGGCUGAUGGAGGAGUAAUCUCUCUGCUGCCCACUGGAGGGCGCCACUGCUGCAUCUCCUGAGCUCGCAUGAUUCUGAGAGAGUGAACUAGCGCCGGACACUGACGGCAAACAUGGAGAGCGAGGAGUGCAUGUUUUUUCUGCUUCCACAGCAGCUCAUAUAUGCUGUGCACUGCAGUAUUGAUGGGAAAUAACAGGCUUUAUGAGGCAAAUCCAAAGCUUUUUUGUUUUUUUUUCCCUUUAUGUAACAACCAACAUUACAAACUAUGAAUUAGUGUCAGGUUGCUUUGUUAACUAAUUAGUGUUAAGUCGCUUAAAAUCCCAAGUUUAUUACUUACUAAGGCUUAUUAUUCAGUAACUACAGGGACUUCAGACUGGCUGAGCUAUUCUUAGGAGUGUAAUAAAACUAUGGUUGGGUGGGUUCUGGCCAUUUAAGGGGUAAAAGCAGAAAGUUAUCAUGGUAUCAGUUCAAGUUAUCAUUAAAAAAGGUCUGACUGAUCUGAAGUUUCAUAUCUCCAAGUUUAAUAUCGCUGUUUUUUUGUUUGGUUGUUUUUUUUAGUGUAAUACUUGGUGUUUAUUGUACUGCAAAUAAUUGCAGUGGCAGUGAAUAAGAUGAAUCGGUCUCUUUCUGUUUGUUUGUGUGGGGGUGUAGAAAGACAUUUCUUGGUAAAUGUGUAUACGUUUCUGCUCGGAUGAAUCUGAGUGGAGUGCGUGUGCAUGUAUACGCUUGCAGUCCUCUAGAUCUGUACUAAUGGAGCUGUGCUUGCGUCAGAGUGAGGGUUUGCGUGUUCGUGGUGGGGUUAUGGUGUAAUUAACAAUCUUUAUUCAUCCACCAUGCUGGGAAAAAUUACAAUAAUUAUAAUCACAAGCUAUCCUUCAGUGGUCAUUUGCCGUUGAUGUGGGGUUUGUAAGGAUUUGAUUAGCGAUGUGCAGCACCUACAGCGAAUCUCUGAGGAUUUUGAAAAUUGAAUUGAAAUUUGACUGAUCCCACUGCUUCUGCUUCUCAUACAUGCUGUGCACUGCAGUAUUGAUGGGAAAUAACAGGCUUUAUUAGGCCAGUCCGAAGCUUUUUUUCAUUUUUUUUUUUCCUUUAUGCAACAACAAACAUUAUAAACUACGAAUUAGUAUCAGAUUGCUUUGUUAAGCCCUUAAAAUCCCAGGCUUAUUACAUACUAAGGCUUAUUAUUUUGAGGUUUGUAAGGGUUUGUAAGGUUAGUUUUAUUAGCAGUGUGCACCAGCUAUAGCAGAUCUCUGUGACUAUUUUCAAAAAUGAAAGACAGUCACUGAUCCCACUCUUGCAGCAAGUCUCCUGGACAUGAAUUAAGCCUACUUUAGGACUAAACUCUGUGUUAAUUCAUCACUGAAAAGCCUUUUGGUCCAGGCUUAAGCGUAAUCUGUGUCUUGGAAACCUGUGAUUUGUAAAACGAGGUAUGACGUUAUAUUUUUAAAGGCAGAGUUUGACGCUGCAUGUAUUCCCCUUUCCAUACGGUCCAUAUAUGGAAACUAAGCUGACAAAAAAAGGAGAAAAAUGUUUUUUGCUGUGUCACAACUGUGAACAUUACCAUAUAUCUGCCUGUGCAGCCUUCAGCAGUUUAGCUAAGGAGUGUUUCAGCUCGGACUGCUUUUUGAACAAAGCACAAUGCAGGACAGCCAAUCACAGCAGAGGCCAUUUACAUGUUUCAGCCUUAAAGGCACAGCAGCAAAAAUAGCCUGGACAGAGGUCAUAAAGAAAUGAACUGUUUUUAGGGCAUAAACCCACACAAAUGGUAUUUAUGGACUUCAGGGGGGGAAAAACGAACAGUGUGGCCCCAUUGAUGGACGAUAAAGCAUCAGUAAUAUGUAUGUGUCGCCAGAACAUUUUUAAAAAGCAUAGUCGGAGAAUGAAAGGCAAUACGAGGACUGGUCACCAUGGGUAGUGAAAGUUUGUGGAGCUCCAAAGUCCAGCUGUUUUCACGGACAUCACCAAGGGGUCAGCUUUUUGUAUUAAAAGAACAUUUCAGAACAGCUGGAAGUUGAAUUUUCUUCAUGGACUGAAAAACCUGGACUUUUGAUUGAGUGUGUGGAUUCCUUUUUAUAUGGAUGUAUGAAAAUAUAUGCAUUAUAGUGAUAUUUUUUACACGUUUGUAUAUAUAAAAUUGAAUGUUUUUGGUGUCGUUUAUAUGGAUUUCUUUCUGUUUGUUUCUGUGUCACAUCUGUCUGUCACUUUCACAUCUUUAA